CAUUGAAAUGUGUGCCGCGCGCGCUCGAUGAUGUCAUUCUGUUGGAGUAAAGUGACGGGGCUGGAUCACAUGGUCGAGGAGAAGAGGAGUGGACCUCACCAUCAUCCUCACUCCAAAAUUGAACCCAAGUUUGUACCAGUGACACACAUGCACGCUUUGCUUGCUUUUAGGCGUGUCUAAAAUUAACUGGACUUUAUUUAACUGGAUUUUUUUUUUUGCAUAUGGAUAUUAUUUUCGUGUUCACGGAUAUGGCAAAGAAAUUUCAUCUCAGCAUGAACGCGUAUGGACUGGAGAAAUCAGGUUUAGCCUAACAGCGUUGGGCUCUGUGUGUGUGUGCAGCGAUGCCUCCGCAGGGUGUUGGGGAGUAUAAACCCGUGUCAGGCUCUUCAGUGCCACCGGUACCACCGCGUAGAUUCAGGGGUAAAGAUUUGGCCAAAAGGAGCCGCUGGGGUUCGGCACCAGAGCGCAGGGUGAAGUGUGUUCUGGUUGGAGACGGAGCGGUUGGGAAAACAAGUCUGAUCAUCAGUUACACCACCAAUGGCUACCCCACGGAGUAUGUUCCUACGGCUUUUGAUAACUUUUCAGCGGUGGUCGCUGUUGAUGGCAAGCCUGUGAAACUCCAGCUGUGUGACACUGCGGGCCAGGACGAGUUUGAUAAACUGCGACCUCUGUGCUACACCAAUGCUGAUGUCUUCCUGUUGUGCUUCAGUGUUGUCACACCAUCCUCAUUCCAGAAUGUCAGGGAGAAGUGGGUGCCUGAGAUCCGACGGCACUGUCCACGAACACCCAUCCUGCUUGUGGGCACCCAGGCUGACCUCCGGCAGGACGUCAACAUUCUCAUCCAGCUGGCCAAGUACAAAGAGCGUCCAGUGGAGCCACAAGAGGCCCGUGUGUGUUCUGAGGAGGUGUGUGCCAUGUCUUACAUGGAGUGCUCAGCACUUACUCAGAAGAAUCUGAAAGAGGUGUUCGAUGCAGCAAUACUAGCCAGCAUUCAGAACACAGACAACCAGCAGCAGAGGUUGAUGAAACGCACACCCAAUAAGAUGAGGACGCUCUCCAAGUCCUGGUGGAGGAAAUACUGCUGUCUGGCGUAGAGGGACAAGAGGGAUAUUCACUCAUGUAGCUUUUAAUUAUGGACUGAAAGACAAAACCAGUGGCCUUAGGAGUUGCUGGAGUAAUUUAUCAACAGAGAUUAAACUUAUACUGAAAUGUGAUGGGACACAGUGCAGAAGAACAGGAUAAAUGAAACGAAAAGAUUCUACAAACAUUAACUACACUUAUUUACACAUUUACAGUAGAAAAUGCAAAGUUGACUCUUGAAAUGAAUUGCUUGUGUCUAGUUUCAUUUUAUUGCGCCAGCAACUGUUUUCACUUUGUCUUUUAAUAAUGGAGAGCAAAGGGAAACAAACAUGCAAUAUAGCUUUUAAUACCUUUCCUCGUUGUUGAACGAACUCUUAAAAUCAGCAUUGCAGGUGUAGUUAAUUCAACAUUGGUGUUUUAUUAUACAUCAGAUCUUCUCUAACACUAACAAAAAGUAAUGUUCCUGAAGUUUCUCUCUUUUUUUGAAAUUCAGACUACUCAACCUAUACUGUGAAAUAACAAAGCCCACUUGGGUGGUCCCAGAUAGAGGACAAUAGUCCACCAAUAUUUAUGAUCUGUGCUUCUUUUACAACAUAAAUGUGUUUCUAAAUCCUAAUUCAACUACCUGGACGAACAGCUUUCCUCAAGCUGGAAUAUCAUGAUUUCUGGUUGGCAAGCUGCCAAGACUUGCUUUAGUUCAAGGGUUACUAAAGUGUUAAAUCCCUGUCUGUCAAAACCAAAUAGAUAUUCUGGUGCACUAUCAGUAGUUUGACAUCGGUUUCUUUUCAGCAAUCUGUGAGGUUGAAGGACAGCCCAGUGCAAAAAACAGCUGAAAGAACAACAACAACAAAAAAAAAGUCUUGUUUACUUUGACUUAAUCCAGAGCUUUCAUUCAAAACAUACCAUGAGGUCAUGGUAAACAGGCCAGUUAAAAUUUGUGUAUGUGCUGCAUGUUUAUUCAUGCCAGAAGUGCUUGAAUUAGAAAAAUGAUGUUUGCUUUCAAUGCCACUACAUAUUGGUUGUUUAUCUGUCAUGAAGACAAGGUUAGUGUUUAAUGCAGUUUAAUACAAAAAAAGUUUCCCUUGAAAUUACAGAUCGAUAUCUCACAGCUAAAGUUUCAGAAAGCUUUGAUAAUGCUGUUGAAUUUGAAUGUAUACAUUUAAAAAAUCAGUAUAUAAACUAUAUGAAGUGUAUUUUAUUUACAGUUUCUGUAUUUUUGUGUUCAUUUCCAUUUACUGUAAUUACCAGUUCAUCAGAAAUUCUAUACAGCAAUCUAGCAACCAUGAAACUAUGAAGGCUGGAUAUUAAAACGUAUAAGUAGCCUGAAAGUAUAUGAUACAUACAGAAAAAUGUGAUGAAGUAUGUAGAGAAAUGUCCAAAAUGGUUUCUGUAUAGCUCAGGUAAAGCUGUAUCAUAGAGGUCUUGUUUAAAAAGUCUACAACAAGUGACCCUAGCAGAUUAUAUUACAUCCUAUUACAUUUUAAAUGUUAUAUCACAGAAGAACUUAUGGUUUAUUUUAAUCUUUUUAUUUUAAUUUAAUUUUUUAACAAAGAAAUCAAAGUCAUAUUAAAGGGGCUGGCUCACCCUUCCCAGCAUCCAAUUCAUUGUGUUUGUUUUACAAGCGGGGCAGCACGGUGGUGUAGUGGUUAGCACUGUUGCCUCACAGCAAGCAGGUUUUGGGUUCGAGCCCAGUGGCUGACAGGGGCCUUCAUGUUCUCCCCGUGUCUGCAUGGGUUUCCUCCGAGUGCUCCAGUUUCCCCCACAGUCCAAAGACAUGCAGGUUAGGUUAAUUGGUGGCUCUAAAUUGACCGUAGGUGUGAAUGUGAGUGUGAAUUGUUGUUUGUCUCUAUGUGUCAGCCCUGCGAUGACCUGGAGACUUGUCCAGGGUGUACCCUGGCUUUCGCUAAUAGUCAGCUGGGAUAGGCUCCAGCUUGCCUGUGACCCUGCACAGGAUAAGCAGUUACAGAUAAUGGAUGGAUGUUUUAAAAGCACCUGACCACUACCUGUUAGCUCUCUGUGCAGCAAAACUUCUGCAAAUUCACUGUUAGUGAUCCCUUCGAAACCCAUCUCCAACUUUUCCUUUCUUCAUCUAUGUGUCAUGCGUGAAAGCUUUGAACACAAUAUACAUUAUCUUUCGUUCCUUUGCGGCCACCCACGAGAUGGCUGAGACUGGUUCUGGUCCAUUACAAAGGAAUAACCAUACAAAAAUGGAUUGGCUGAAGGAUUUAAAAUAUACCUACCUGUCUUCAGUUUCACAUUACAGUUUAAGGUCUAUUGCCUAGUUGUUGUGAAUUGUUUUUGGAACAUCACUAGCAUCGAAAAUGGUGACUUGUUACUUGGCACAGAAGAUUCUGGGAAGGGCAAGCUGGCCCCUUUAAUAGCCAAUAACAUUGGUGAUUGCAGUUAUUAAUAAGAACAGUGCCAUUGUUAAUUAGUAAUCAGACUCUGUGACUUGUAUCUGAAUUUUAUACACAUGAAAAUGUCUAUGAAAAGACAUCAGUAUAACUUUGUGCCUUGUCUCCUGUUGAAACAUCUCAAUCUGAAGUCAUGAUAAACACUACAGAUAUGAAGCACUAGCAUCAUUUAUUGCUCAACUUUUCCGUAGUUGUUGGAAUUAUAAACUCUUGAGCUUUAUCCUUGGGUAAAUAAUUGAUCAGGUCCACCCAUGUAGGAUGAACGGAAAAGUCACCUGCUGAAACGGGACAUGAGCAAGUGAAAAUGGAGUGGCACUGAAUAAAGAGGUUAAAGUUUCACAAGAUGGUAGACACCGGAGUAUCGUUAAGCCUGCCCUUCCCAACAUGCUUGUAUCGGCGAUGAACUGAAACUGAUGUCUCUUUGAAGGUUGCCUUCAUAUACUAAAAAACAAAAAUAGCUCCUCAUGUCUACCAUCCAUAAGAGUGUAAGUGAAUGUGCAGAGAUGGAGUUAUUGGCUUUCUGAAUGUGAAAAACUGAAUACUGUAACUGUAAAUGUGAGAAAGAAUGCUCAAUGAACAUUACAACUGGAAAUAAAGGUGCUGUUCAAAUAUUUUUGAACACAGUAGUUGGUACAUUGCAGUCAACAUGUUUCAAAUGUAAUUGUUACAAUACAUAAUACAUAAUGUAUGAAUUGUGUUUGACACUGGCAUUUUGCUGAUCUUUGAAUUGAAUCAAGCUGAAUGUUGGUUGGUAAAAGGAUAAAUGUCAGUAUUGAAUGCUACAGUACAAUUUACUUUAGCUGGGCCCAUUGCUUUAUUGUGAAGUUGCUUAAACACUGUGAACUGUAUAUUUUUUGAGGGUAAUGACCUUGUUGCAAGAUGUUGUAAGAUUUACAGUAGAUGAAGUUAUUCUCUGGACCUGGCCACAACCCAGUGGGACAUGAAAUAAUAGCAGAGAAGUGUAUAUAGAUUGUUAUCCUUUCUAAAAUAAAGAUGCAAAAUUA